AUGGCAGUACAGAAAAAACUGAGGGCUAUCUUGACGGAUGAAGGUGUGCUGAUCAAAUCGCAAUCGCACCAUAUGUUCAAUAAGCAUGGUCAACUGAGAAACGGAGACUCUUUAUCCUUGUUGAGCUGUUUGUCCUGUUUGGAUGAUGGGACUUUGAGCUCUGAUGGAGGUUCUUUCGAUGAGGACGAUUCGCUGGAAUUGUUACCUCUCAACACUACCAUUCCGUUCAAUAGGAUUCUAAACGCAAAACGCUUAAAUAUAGAUCAAAGGAGGCUCAAUAAUGGCAAAUUUUCUUCUGAUCCCUUCCAAGCCGAAAAUGUGAGCUCCUCAUCCGAAAAUGAUGAAGUCGAGAACCGUAGUUUAAGCAAUGAUAAGGUUCAACCUCAACCAGCUGCAAGCGAUGUACAUUCGCUGUCGAAUAAAAACAAGUGGGAUUCGAAGACGAGUAACAUUGAAGCAUCUCCUGAUAGUUUGCAUGACGCCAUUCCAACGUUAGGAAUGAAGGACAAUCAGCACUUGAUCGAGUUGACUUUUGCUGUACCCAAGGGCCAUGACGUGGUUCCACAAAAGCUAACGUUGUUGAUAGAUCACGUCUCAAAAAAAUCGAGAACAAAUCCUAAAAGUGAGUUAACCUCUUCUGGUGUCGUGGAAGAAAUUCUGGAAAAGAGCUACGAAAAUUCCAGAAGAAACAGAUCAAUAUUAGUCAUCAUCAACCCCCAUGGUGGUAAAGGUACAGCAAAGACACUGUUUUUAACAAAAGCAAGCCCGAUUUUAGUAGAAAGUGGCUGCAAAAUAGAAAUCGCAUACACAAAAUAUGCUCGUCAUGCCAUCGAUAUCGCCAGAGAUUUGGAUAUCAGCAAAUAUGAUACUAUUGCGUGUGCAUCAGGUGAUGGUAUUCCGUAUGAAGUAAUAAAUGGGCUUUUCAGAAGACCUGAUAGAGUAGAUGCGUUUAAUAAGGUAGCUGUGACACAGUUACCUUGCGGUUCAGGAAACGCCAUGAGUAUUUCUUGUCAUUGGACAAACAAUCCAUCAUACGCCGCUCUAUGUCUUGUCAAAUCUAUUGAAACAAGGAUAGACUUGAUGUGUUGUUCUCAACCCUCUUAUAUGAACGAGUGGCCAAGAUUAUCCUUUCUAAGUCAGACAUAUGGUGUUAUUGCAGAAUCCGAUAUUAAUACCGAGUUCAUCAGAUGGAUGGGGCCCAUUAGGUUCAAUUUGGGGGUAGCGUUCAAUAUUUUUCAAGGUAGGAAAUAUCCUUGUGAAGUUUUUGUUAAAUAUGCUGCUAAGUCCAAAAAAGAACUAAAAGUUCAUUUCUUAGAAAAUAAAGACAAAAAUAAAGGGUGUUUGGCUUUUGAAUCAAAUUCUAAUCCGAACUCUUCAUCGGAUAUACUAUCCACAAAUAAUAAUAAUAAAACGAAGAAUGAACUUUCACCGAAUUUCCUUACUGGAGAUAACUUUAAACUAAAAUAUCCGAUGACUGAACCAGUACCCAGUGAUUGGGAAAAAAUGGAUUCAGAGCUGACUGACAACUUGACAAUUUUUUACACUGGGAAAAUGCCAUACAUUGCUAAAGAUACAAAAUUCUUCCCUGCAGCUUUACCGGCGGAUGGUACUAUCGAUUUAGUCAUAACAGAUGCAAGAAUUCCAGUGACAAAAAUGACACCAAUUUUACUAUCAUUAGAUAAAGGUUCACAUGUGUUAGAACCAGAAGUUAUUCACUCGAAAAUAUUAGCUUACAAAAUCAUACCAAAAGUAAAGUCAGGUUUGUUUUCAGUUGAUGGUGAAAAGUUUCCGUUAGAACCUUUACAAGUAGAGGUUAUGCCCAUGUUAUGCAAAACAUUGCUAAGGAAUGGUAGAUACAUUGACACGGAAUUUGAAUCUAUGUAG